CAAAAGGGUAUCUGCUGUUUUAUUAGAUUCCUCUGAGACUAAACAUGAGUCUAGCAUGUCUUGUGUGCCAUAGUGUCGAAAGUCCAUCGCACUCAUUCAGGAGUUACUCUGUCUCAAGUUCAGACAAUGAAGGGAGAUGUUCAGCCAUAGCUAACUGCAUAGCCAGGAAAGCUCUCCCAGCCCCAAGAUCAGCUUCUUCAGUAGGUUCCACGUCCAAAGUCACCCCACAACCUUGUAUUCAAGGCAGCAUGGAAAUGGAAGGCGCUCCACGAUUAGUACGAAGUCGUGCAGUUAGAAGGGACCUUGUUCGAGACUGGAAUUUUGAUGAGGUGGCAAGGGAUCGAUAAUUCUUUUUCUUUUUUCUUUUUUCUUUUUUUAAAUCCAAGUUAGAAGAUAAGUGGACUCUCUUCUUUAAUGUUGGGAUAGUAUUAGAGCUUUUGUGUUUGAUUUUCUAUUUUAGAAAUUGUAUUGAUGCAAUUGAACUCACUUUUCCUUCAAGAAGAGUUUGAGUAUUUGUAACCAUUUGAAAAUUUUUGAAUGUGAAGCAUUGUUCAUAUUAUAUCCA